AUGACUCAUACGUCUGAGUACGGAGAAUCUUACCUCCCUUUAAAAGGAGCCGUUGAAGAGUAUAUCCUUCCGCUCUGCGCGCUCAAAAACGCCGCGAGCAAAGUGGCGGACUUUACGCUCGAUGCGAUGCCUUCAGAGGUCUUUCUCGGGCUCCAUCAGGCAUUUCGUGUUUUCGGUCUAACUCUUGUCGGUCCAAUAUAUGUACACCUGAACGAGUUACUGGACAACUCUAACAAUGAAAACCUAUUCGACUCUGGAAAGCAUUCUCCAGAAUCUCCUGACUUGUCUCAACUUCGUGUA